AUGCCAACAAACUUAACCAGUGUGCAUUUUUUCAUAUUUGACGACCUGAGUUUUAAAAUCACAAUGACAAUAGUUACAGUAAAUAUUGUUGCCUUUGUGGGAACCAUUUCCAUAUUUGGAAUAGCCUCUAACGUAAUAAAUAUUCUAGUCUUCAGUGAGCAAGGAUUUUCAGAGACCACAAAUAUCAGCUAUACCGCACUUGCUUGUUCUGAUUUACUAACUUUAAUGUCGACGCUGUGUUUAAGUAUCUUCUGGAAUCCGCUGUUCCUGAACUCUGGACUACCGCUUGUAUUUACGCAAAUUCAGAUGGCAUUUGCUGCUUUGCCUAACGCUUGCUUCAGUAGCAUUACAGGAUUGGUGACUGCAUUCACUUCGUUUGAACGAUGUCUGUGUGUCGUCUGGCCAUUGAAGGUUAAAAGUAUCUUGACAUCAACUGUCACAGUCAUCGUCAUCAUUUCUUUUUAUUUAGUAAUGUUGCUAACCAUGAUAUCUGUAUAUUCCACAUUUACACUUGGGUGGAGACCUGAACCUCGGACAAAUAGGACUUUGCUGGGAGUAAUAUUUGUCCAAAAUACAGAAAUAAUAUCCAACAUUUCCUAUCUGCUUCAUUCAGUCAUCCAGUUACUUGCAUUUUGUGCUGUUUCUGUUUGCACUGUGACUCUUGUUGUCUGUCUGAGACUUAAGACCGCCUGGAGAACACAGCAGGCCGAAGCCCAGAAUGCAGCCAAGAAGGCAACAAAACGACAAGACAAAGCCAUCAAAAUGGUAAUUUUCAUAGCUGCAGCUUACGUAGUUGGUCAGUUACCAACAGUUGUCAGUUUUGCUGUAACAGUUCCAUAUCCAAGUUUUGGCCCUCUGGGCAAAUACAGGAACUUCUUUAUUGUUUACUGGUCUUUUUCUGUGCUCUUUGGAGUCUUGAAAUCGUCAGUUAACUUACUUGUGUAUUACGUCAUGAGUUCAAAGUUCAGACAGACAUGUAACCAGAUGCUUUCAUUGUUGCUCUCAAGCAGAAUCGCAAAUUACAAUGAAUGA